AUGCUUGCAGCAGUUAUGAUCGCCGCGGCUGUGGGUAACGUGAGUGCGUCGCGGACUGUGGUGCACGGCGACGUGUGUCAGAGCUUCUCAGGACGCAAGGUGUACCUGGAGCCUGGCACCACAGCCCUCCUCUAUGCCACCAACAACACCGGCGACACAUUCAAGUCCAGAACACGAAGGAAUAUCAGAGAAUACAUACUCGAGCGAGAUGAGAAUCUGCAUUCGAAUCGAAGAAGAGUUCGCAACAUCGCUAGUGUGGAUUUUAGCAACACCUUUGUUCGGAACGCAGUCAACGACGUGGAAUUUCCAUCUUUUGAUUACAUAAAUCCUUCUUCUAAUUCAGAUGCUCAGAUUUUAGAAAACUUCUUUGACCGAAACGAAGGAAAUAUAUUGAUGCAGCGUCUGCAUAAGCCUGUGGGUUCAGUGAAUAGAGGCGCAGAGCGAAACUUACAGGGAUAUUUUGAAACGACUGCAGCAAAUUGGAGAACCCUUCAAGUUCCUUCACUUCGUCUAUCGCGGCAGAUGGACCAAGAAAUACAGAGGAACGACAUUAAAAACUCAUCAAAAGAAAAGAGUGCCCCAGAAAUUGAGCUUGAAUCUGGAUUCACAGGCAGUAAAGACGUACCCAAGUCAAAACCUGACCCUCUUGAGCAAAAUUUACUUGCAAAACAUCUACAACUCAAAACUGGUCUUCCACUUGCCACAGAAUCGUACAGCCUCGCCCAUCAAGAGCUUCACCAUCCACCUCUGGCAAAUGUACAAACACCCGUUGCAGGUUCCUCUGUGAACAUCCACCGAGGCUUCCGAGGCUCAAAAAGAGAUGAGAAUAAACUUGCAACAGCAGACCAAGAGGCAGUCGACACUCAACUCCAGCAGCCUGACCUGCAGCAGUGUGGCAUCAACGUCUACACGUGUCCUGGCUGCCACCUUCAUUUCUCUUUCCAGGAAUUACACCUGCCAUCGUGUUCCGAUGAUGGAUCAUGCAAAUGUGACCACCUCCGUUUAAGUGAACCUCCUUACAUGAACCCAGAAGACGGACGGGACGUUUGUGGCAACUUUGAAGAGUCAGUUGACCCUUCAACAAAGUUCGUAGAGUACACUUCCCUCACUCGAGAAGCUUCUCUCUAUUUCUUCUACAGGAAUACCUUUGCUAAGGCCUUCUCUCUUCGUGUUUCAGCUCUCAGAAACAGUUUUGUCAUCGUUCGGGAAUUGUCUCCUUCUUCCGGGGUCAUCCGGUCUCCUUUCUUCCCCGAAUUGUACCCGAAAGAUUAUUGGGUAGAGUAUAUUUUCACGGGCAUCAACCAAACAGCACGAGUUCAGAUCAUAUUCGAAGAUUUCGGGUUAUCCCCAUGGAGUUUCGUGGAGGUCCACGACAAUCAACGAUCCCAAGUAGCCGGGUUCAACGGGCACGUGUUUCGUCCGCCGCUGCUGGUGUCUCAGGGGACGCGACUCGUGCUCAAGUUUGCCGCUAACGGCGACACGGGACGCGGCUUCAAGUUCCGAUACGUCUUCGCUGACGUGAAAGAUCUUCUUCCUCCGUAUCGCAGUGACUGCGGGGGCUUCGUGACCAACAUUGGCGGCACGAUCACCAUGCUGAACAUGACCGUGGGUCGGACCUCUGGAAGAGUUACUACCGAAGCGCCGUACGACUGCGUGUGGCUCAUCAAGCCGCCCCAGGAGUACGGCCUUAAGUCACAUCUCUCCAUAAGAGUUCACAACUUCGACUAUAUGGGUUACAACUCGACUAUCGAGAUUCGUAAAGGGCUGACGAGCGACGACCUCUUGCUGGAAGAGUUAACUCAGAAUGGCUCCGGCAGGCGAGUUCUGCAAGGAAAAGAACAUGUCGUCGCCGUCGGCACCGGUUUUUACGUUCGUCUUAGAGGCUCCUUCAUGGAGAACUCUCAUUUUGCCUUGGUCUACGCUUCCUUCAAUUACAUGGGAGGCUGCUACCCGUUAAUGGACCUGAAGUGUCUAAACCAGCGUUGCGUGCCAAAAAUGUUGCGGUGCGAUGGAUUUGAUCACUGCGGGGACGGCUCUGAUGAACCUGCGUCGUGCUACUCCACUCCCCCUGGCGACGGAAACGGAGGUGUUGGGGACGAGACAGCGUGGUGGUACAAGCACACUCCCAAUUACUACUUCCCUUACAGAACCCCAAUUUUUGGGGACCAGCAGGGCUCUGGCAUUUUGCUGCUCACAUCAUUUUUUAUCCUGAUCCUGGUGAUCGUGUGCCUCGUCUCCUACAUGAUCAAGCAGGGGACAAGUGCAGCUAGCACCAGGCAUCACCGCACCCACAGACGCCACAGACGGCGUGAUUCUUUGAACGAUGGCGUGGAAAUUUUCGACGCCUCGGCCGACGACCCUCCGCUAUACGAAGCGCCGCCUGACUAUGAAGAAGUAGUCAAGUUGAUUCUCUCCGGCAACAACCUCAAGCUCGUGCGACGCCCUGGAGGGAUGACUGCAUGGGUGACAAACGUCGAGAGUUCCUCUUCGACUGAAGCCCCCAUCACGGCCCUUCACAGGACAGACCUGCUCACUCCCAUUGAUACUGACCCUAACAUCCCCCCUGCAACGCCUCCUCCGAAUUUCUCCCAACUCGCACCCUUGCCUGCGAUGCCCAGUUCACUGCUCACCAGGACACCGGAGCAACGCAGGAGUAGACGUACUCGUCACACGUCUCUUGAUCUUGACGAGCGAGCUGACGUCGUCUUGUGGGACCCCAGCCAAGGAGGAAUUUCAAGUGUCAAUGGAGAAAAUCAGGAUUCACCGUAUAGUUAUCGUUACCAUCCCUCCACUCCUCCACACCUUCCCAGCGCCCUGCGCAGGUCGUCCAUGCAGUCGCCCACUCUGUCCGUCCACAGCCAAACCACACAUCAGGGUCAAUGCUCCAUUCCCGAGAUAAACGAAGUUGGACUUCAAGACUUACCAAAACCCGUCGAGGUCACAGAGACGGAAAAUGUCACUGCUACCUCCAGCGCAAGACCGGCUGAAUCCCUUGGUAAGCAGGAUAGCAAUCAAGAUCAGAAUAAUGAAGGACUCCCGUCAUCUCAAGCUGAAGAAAUAAAAACAGGAACUUCCAAAUCUCUAAUAAAAUGUACCAGGAGGAGUAAGAAAUGUAACAAAAUCAAAAGGAAAAAGAUGAAAUGUAAUAACGAAGAAACGUCUUCCGAAGAUCCGAAGCCCCCUUCAUACGAGUCUGUGCUUCAGCAGGUUCUAGAUGAGUUUUACAUAACAGAUGAAGCCUACGUCAUCGAUGACAUGAAGAAUAACAUAGGAGCUCAGUUGAGAGUGCGAGUGGCCCGCGAGAAGUUCCAACAACUUUGCGCAUCCAAAAAUGAUUCAAUGGACGAAAUCUACACAAAAACGAGUAAACAGCCUGAUCCUGGCACAAACUCGCGGAAGAAUACAAUUUCUCCUGGUACAGUCAAGCGCCGCACUGCCAAGCUUCUGAACGCUAGGCGAGCCGACGAGUUGAAGGGAUCGUCAUUCACGAACGUGAACGCUGUUGGAGUAGAAAGCAAGCAAAUAAAGCAAACUGACUACCUGAAAAAUUUGAAUGCUAUUUCGAAAUCCUCGGGCAUAGUAUCGAAAUGUAGUUUUCGGAAGAACAGGAAGGCGUCAUUCACGAGGAAUAAGUCGACACCGUCGCUUGGAAACCUCGUCUCGCGCGAUUUGGAAAUAUAUUUCUCACAGAAAACUCCGUCCCCAGUCAGCAAUUGUGAUGAUAGUUUAAAUUCAGCGAACACUCGAAUAAAUUUUGAAAAUUGUACGAUGAAUGAUCAAGCCAAAGAUUGCCAAAAAGAAGAUGAAGAACUUUAUGCGAAUUCGAAAUAUCUCUCCCAGCUUUCAGAUGGAUUUCGAGCUGGAAGCAACGUUGGUAGAGAAGAUCGCCAUUCAAAUACCAGUGAUGGCAUAGAAAAUAAUGAGGCUGACUCAGUUGAAUAUGUUCCUUCAAGAAAUGAAGGAUUUUCCGUUGAUUUAGAUGAGGCUGGAAAAUUAAGCGAAAGCCUUCCAGAACAGCCACGCACGGAAACCCAUGACUCGCUCAGCUCAAGGACAUUAUGUGAUUCGAGCUCUCAUAUUUACGAAGAAUUUGAUACAAAUGUUCCUUCUGAAACUGCCAAGGAGACUGGAGCCAUUCCUAAACGACAUCGUUUCACUAAAGUCAAUACUGUUGAAGCCCCUAGCACUACUGAAAGCUGCGUUGAAGUCAUGGAUUCUGAAUAAUGUUCUCCUAUUUUACAGCGUGGUGUGUAAUAAAAAAGGGCGGUUAAUGGUUUUGAAUGGAACUAAGGUUCCUAAGAUUUCCGUGACGAUGAAAUCAAAGGUGGUGUAAAAAAAAUUAUAUAGAAUAUUGUGAGUUUGUUUUUUUUUUUUGUAUUCGAAGUUCAACUACGACCGCAUUUCAUGACAAUAUUUUUUAUUGGCUUAACAUCUAGUAUUAGAGAAAAGAGUCUUCAUUCCUAAUUUACCUCUUAAUAUCACGCUCUCGAAUCCUAUAUAUCAUUAAUUCAUGAAUUAAAUUGGCUCGAAAAUAUAAAAAACUACCAUGACAGGCGCCAACCGUCUGAAACUGCCGAAAAAGACCGACACUGAAAGACGAAGUACACUCCACCUACUGCUCUCCGGCGUCACGCUGCGAGCUGAAUAACGUCACGCUGCGAGCUGAAUAACGUCACGCUUCAAGCUGAAUAACGUCACGCUGAGAGCUGAAUAACGUCAUGCCGCGAGCUGAAUAACGUCAUGCUGCGAGCUGAAUAACGUCACGCUGAGAGCUGAAUACCGUCAUGCUGCGAGAUGAAUAACGUCAUGCUGCGAGCUGAAUAACGUCACGCUGCGAGCUGAAUAACGUCAUGCUGCGAACUGAAUAACGUCACGCUGCGAGCUGAAUAACGUCAUGCCGCGAGCUGAAUAACGUCACACUGAGAGCUGAAUAACUGCCGCCUCCACGCACCGCAUGAGUCACUCACUCACGUCCGUUCGUUCAUCGCAAUCGAUGACUGAGUGAGGCGUAGAGAAAGUAUACAGUGUGUGAGUUCUACGUAGAACGCUGAUUUAUAGAAAGUUCAUUAAAUUUACAAUGACUUAAAAUGAAACUGCCUCCAAUCAAAAAAUCAUUCAAAAUUAUUUUUUCAAGUCAGUUUAAACGCAUAGUUAAUGUAUGGAAGUUUUGUAGUUAAUCCUGCGAGAUCGUAAUUGAUAUUUUAAAAAACACCCAGACACUUUACGUUUAUGCUAUUUAAAUUUAUAAAGACUUUCACGUACUCAGAGCGACGGAAAAUAACUAGGUUGCUUUAUAUAACAACCAAUGUAUAGUAAUGGUUGGUAAUGAACAUAACAUUGGCCAAGAAUUAAUAAAAUAAAUAAAUU